UUCUCCCGUGUACUCUGCUCGCUGCCUUGAUUCGCGCCGCCGCUUCGAGCCCUCUCGCAAACAGGACCAUGGUCCGGUAGGGGUGAAGAAUGGCGGAGCCAGAGCAUACCACAAUGCAUAACUUUGCAUAUCACCCCAGCGUCGCCAGCUGGGUGCAGUCGACCGCGUUGGCACAGCUCGACGGCGCCUCUGAUGAAGUCACAGAGCGGUCCCCUGAUGACUUCUACAAGUCGCCCUUCACGCCGCCCACCGCCUUAGAAUCGUCACCGCUUCCAGACGACAUGACGACCACACGCCAGCGCCAACAGACGUCGAACGGAGCACCGCGCUCCACGCCAAAACCCUCAAUUCGCUCCGUAUCCGGCCCCGCGACCUCCACCGCACCGCGAGCAACGCCCCAGCUACCGGGCAACCGUCCGACAGUGAGGAGUCUCGCCCAGAAAUUCAACCAACCCUCCUCUGCUGAGUCCUCCCCCUCAGCUCCGCGCGCUCGACCGGUGCGACCCUCGACGCAAGCGAGAUCGACGCAUACAAGAUCGAUGGUGGAUUCACCGGCGUCACAAGCAUCAGCCUCGUCGCCCGCUCGGCCGGCCAAGGAAGCUUCGUAUGGCGCGUACAAAUUCAACAACCUGAAGCCCCGUGAAAGGCCUCAGCCUGCCCCGCCAUCUCCAGCAGGCGUACGUCGCGCUAACGGCGGUCGGACAAGCGUUGAUAAGCAAACACCGCCUGCCCGGAGGAAGCUGUCUUCACCCACUCGAGGGACUGCCCGCCAGCCCUUCUUUGGUGAAGUGGUAGGAGAGCAUAAUGCAUCCAGCCCAGGUUACGGAAUACCAACUCUUGAGUCUGCACUGGAGGAGCCCAACUCAACCUCGCACCCAGCCGAGACUUCAACCAUCAAGAUCGUGACAGAGGAGUCACAGCUGCUGCCUGAGGGGUCUCAUGCUCAACCAGGGCAGGCACGUCACCAGAGGCCUGCUAGCGAGAUGACUUCGGGGUCGCAACAGUCACAGGCUACCGAGAACCGUACACCGCGGAGGCGCUCCCCACCGUCGAGGAUUCCCGUAGCGACGCGACGCAUGAGCGCAGCGUCAGACUCGAGUUCCUCAACCCGAUCGCUAAGAUUCGGUAGUGCGCGUCCGGUCGGUGGGUAUAACAGGCUGUCGCCUACCCGUCAACGGGGAGCCCCCGCCGGAAGAGCGGGCUCGUCUCCAAAGAAGUCGAAACCAGUGGCUCAGCCAACGUUGCCGGCGGGAAGCUACCGUGGAUAUCGCGAGCGCGGAAAGCCUGCACCGGGUCCCAAUAGCGGGCCUAGUGUUCCAGCCGUCAUCUCCGCCCCGCUUCCACCCACCUCACCUCGUCUUCGAAAUUCUCGAGAGCGGCAAACACUGCAGGAAUCCCCCGGCUCCAGGAGUGCCGACGCCCAUGCUUCUGGACAGGAUUAUUUCGGAAAUGAUACUGCCUCGACCGUGCAGCAGCCGCAGAUGACCGAGUCGGAGCACGCAGAUGGAGGACUCCUCAUCCACGAUGCCUAUUCCGCCACCGAGAACGCCAGUGGACUCGCCGAUGGCCCCGAUAGGUUAUCAACACCGCAGCAGCCGGUUUCGAAUGGCCAGGACUCGAGUGUUGCGCCGAUGCAUUCGCAAUCAUUAAGCCUCCACACGCAGGGUUUGCAGGUGCAGCCGCCUGCGCAGCCGACAUCAUCCACGACCGACUUUGAGUACGACGAAUCUCCCGUGCUAGGAAUGCCUGGGAGCUUCAUGAUGACGCCUCCGAUUGUCCAGCAUACCCCGCCAGCAAUAUCUAAGCAUGAAGAGCAGCAAAAGGCUCAGCCCCCGCCGGUCCUGGCACCCGAAGGAGAAUUCCUGCCGGCACGUGCAUUCUGUCCGCCGAGCAAAGAGCAGAUACCAGAGAUUUCACAUGAGGAGGGCGCACAGGAAGUGCAGUCAGAAUUCGGGCUGAGAGAAUCUAUUCCGAUCAUGCUCGGCUCUGAUGGGCCACAUGCAGGAUGGAACGCGGUGGCGACGCGCUCACGACACUCACCGCGGCUGAGCAUAGGUGCUCACAGGUGGCGCGCUGAACCGCUGGACUCAACUGGAACGAUAUCCUAUCUGGAAGAGGACGAUUCCCCCAUUGACCCUUUUGCGCACCGAGACUCGCUCCGGCCCGAUGACUCUGCUAGCGUGGCCUUCUACCGCCAAACCGGCCAGCGGUCCCCUCACUGGACGCCGAAGAUGGGCAACGUACCAGAGGCGGGUUCCUUCACGCUGGAUAGCGAGGCCUACAGUGUCAUCAACAAGGUCUUGAACAUGUACCACGGGUCGGACAUGAUCACGCCCGAGAUGGCGCACGACUCGCGGGAGCAGGUCCAGAGCGUCUCCCCCAUCAUCGCCCAGCACAAAGACUGGGGAUCCAAGGAGGCCACCGAGACAUAUCUUGCGAGGCUGCUCAGCGAUGCAGCUGGCAGCGAGGAGAGGAGGGACGAUGAGGCAUCAGCUGCAACGGAGCAGCCCAGCGGCCCGGCCAGCCAAAGCGUGCCUGCGCUGAGCAUCCGCGACCUGGCCGAGGACCCCGAGGAGCCUAUCGUGGGCGGGACGGCGAUCAUAUUCCCUCCCGAAUCGCGGCGGUACUCGCGCGGCUCUGGCGGCUCGACGACGACCACCAUCUGGGAGGGCCCAAGCCGGCCCGACAGUUCUUCCGGACCCCUGGCACGUGACCAGCUCCACGGCAACGCGCCUCUGCCGCUGGCUCUCGCUCCUCACCCUCCGCCAAAGGACUGGUCGAAUUCACCCGCGAACCACCUGCCCGAGAUAGCUGGCGCCGGCGAAGGUCUCGGUCUGUCCCUGCAAAGCAGCCUACACGUGCACCAUCACCAGCAGCAGCACCACCAGCAGCAGGCAGACGAAAUACAACAGCAGCAACAGCCCCCGCCGCCAAAGCCUGCGUACUCACCCCCGCCGCCGCCGAGGCCGCACGUCCUAAGCCGCAAUAACACCCAGGAGGAGGCCACAGACAUGGGUCAGGUCCUCUCCAAGCUGCGGAGGGAAGACGCUGCAGAAGCGCGGCCUGCGGAGAAGCAGUCUGUCGCAGAGGUUAACGGCAACCAGCAGCUCGACCCUACGACGGCCGGGCUUCGCAAGCGCUAUCGCGUCAUCGAGGAGCUCACCAAGACCGAGCAUAGCUUCUGCAUCGACAUGAUGGUUGCCCACAACAUCUUCGAGCUCACCGCGGGCGAGGUCAUGGAGGACAAGGACCGUCGCACGCUCUUCAGCAAUUGCAAAGACCUCGAGAAGUUCUCGCACGCCCUCUGGCAGUCGCUGAAAGAUGCUAUCAAGCCCAUCGUCAACCAGGCGAAGCAAAUCGACGACCAGCCGUACGACGAGUUCAUUAAUUGCACUCCGGACAACGACCGCAAUGUGGACAUCGGUGCGGUGAUGUUGCGCGCCACGCCUAGGAUGGAGCGAUUGUAUACCACAUACUACCUCAAUCACGAGGAUGCGACCAACUUCAUCAAGAAGCACUCAAACAACGCAGAGCUCCUUGGCUGGGUCUUGGCAUGCUUCCAGCACUCCGCUGGGCUUACGAAUGCUUGGGACCUCGAUUCUCUUCUCGUCAAGCCAUGCCAGCGGAUGCUCAAAUACCACAUGCUUCUAGAGCAGUUGCUAGAUGCUACGGACCCCGACCACCCGGACCUGCCGCAGCUCAAGGCUGCUUACGACGGCAUCAAGCAGAUCGGCGAGCGCAUCAAUAUGGCGAAGAAGCGCCAGGAGACACUUCGAGCGGCGACCUCGGAGGGAAAGAAGCAGAAGAACAAGGGUCGAUUCGGCAAGUCAAUCGUCAAGGCUCUCAUCUCCAACAAAGACCGGGCCAAGCAGCUACAGGAGGCCGCUACCAUCUUCGAGGAUCAGGAGUACAACUCGGUCACGCAGAAGUUCGGCGGCCACUUCUUCCAGAUUCAGAUCGUCAUUCGCGACUUCGACAAUUACCUUGACUCCAUCACCGACCAGAUGCUACAGCUUAACAUCGUCAUGCUGGCCUUCGUUACCAUGUCCGAGGUCGGACCGUCUGCUAAUCCCGAGAUGGAGAGCACGUGGCGACGUUGGGCGAUGGGUUACCUCGAGCUGCAGAACAAGGCUCUAGAUGAACAUAAAACCGCUGUGCGUGACCGCGUCAUGAAGCCGAUUAGCCAAGUCUGGGACCAAUGGGUCGGUCCACAGAAGCUGAUGGAGGAGCGCAAGAAGGCUCUCGUCAAAUACGCCGAAUAUAAGCGCGCACUUGAGCGUAAGGAGAAGGUCAGCGCAGGGCUUGAGGAAGCUGCUAGCGACUUCCUCACCGUCAACGACGCCCUCAAGCAGGAGCUGCCCCAGCUGUACGAGCUUACCAAGAAGUGCAUCCGCACGUGCCAACUCAUCUUUCUGUACAUUCAGAAGGAUUGGUACAAGACUUGCUCUAAGAAGAUUCUUCCGCUUCUCGAGAGCGAGCCGCAGCAUACCACUUCCAUCACUUAUGACUACAAGACCUAUGUCGACCGUUUUAGGUCUGACUGGCGUCAGAUGGAAGAUCGCGCCAACAGCCUCGCCAUCGUCAACCAUGAGCUGCUCAAUAAUGCGGCUAACUUCACCUCGCCGGUACCCACCUUCUAUUCGGACGACGGCUCGUCUCGGAAGUCGUCCUCCCGCCGUACCGAGUCCGUCAGCAGCGAAAUGUCCAUGAUCAACAAUAGGAACCGCAACAGCGGCGGCUAUGGCAGCACCCGAUCUGGCAUGACCUCGUUCGAGGGACCGCCUCGCUCUUCGCCUGCUGCUCCGUAUCCCGGUCCUUCUAACUUCCGCGAGCGUGGUGGUGGCGCAAUCAGCCCGCGUUCCGAGACCAGUGAGGCAACUAUUACUCAAGCUCGCCGUCCCGCCUGGACCAACCUCGACGGCACCAUCGAGGACCCCUAUGCCGUUCCCCCCAGCAUCGGUGCCUCGUUCCUCAACCCCGCCCCCUCUGGCUCAAACCCUGGCUCAUCCCGCGUGUCCGGCGUCUUCAACUCGGCCCUGCCCAUGUCCGACUCCCCAUCCAGGCCUGUUGCUGACACUGAGCUCCCUGCGACUCCUGGCGAGAUGGACGAGCCCGAGGUUCUCUUCCUGGCUGCUAGUCUGUUCGAGUUCAAUAUCGCGCACGAUCGUCGCGAGGGUGGCAUUCCGUACCUUGUCUACGUGCCCGGCGAGAUCUUCGACGUCAUCGGCAUGAAGGGCGAGCUCUGGCUUGCACGCAACCAAGACGAUCCGACCCGCACCGUGGGCUGGAUCUGGGAGAAGCAUUUCGCCCGGAUCCUCCCGGAGGAGGUCUGAUCUGAUUUCCUUACUCACAUUUCCUUACCCUCUGACUGACGGAGUUUUGGUCAGGCCCCUUGGCGGCCUUUUCAGGGUUCCUUAGUCCCACUACCAGGCGUUGCCUUCUUAUGAUUCCCCUUUUCCUCCUUUUUGCGACGGCUUCUUCUUCUAGGGCUUCUGAAAACUGGGUGAAGGGC